AUGAAUUAUCACUUUAUUGUUCUAUUACAGGUCUUAGCUGAAAGGGAAUGGACAAUGGCUACCUUUAGGAAAUGUACCGAAGAUGUGUUUAAAAGAUUAUACCCUGAUGAACCAAAGCUAAGAAUUUCUAGUUUACAAAAUGAGUUUCAUUUUGAUAUACCACUUAGUUACAAGGUUGAUGAUGUGUUAGUUGAUGCUGGACUUGUGUUUGCUGUAGAAGAAGAAAUCAGUCUGGUAAACUCCUUAAGGUAGUUAAUAAUGUCAUUAAUAAAGCAAAUAUCAAAUUUAUUCUAUUUGGAAUGUGGUAGAAAUCUCAGACCUCUGACCUUGGAUAAUCAGACCUACAAAAAAAUAUAGACCUCAUCUUUACUUGAAAACUCAAGUGAUAGAUCAUAAAACAUGAGACCCUCAAUAGCUUAUAUACACAAUCACCUUACAUGCAUGUUAUGUAUAUCUAGUCAACAACAACAUGUGUAAAACCAGAGGACAUAGAAUAUGCUAGUUAGUAAAAUUAUUUUAGUUACUUAUUCAUCUUUACAUUUUUUGUAUGUCAAUAAUAUUAUGCUUGCAGCUUUGACCAGUAAUGCAAAAUUAAAUAUUCUGACUGUUUAUUUUACUGAAUAUAUUUCCCCUUUAACAGCGUGGUAUCUCCUGAAGAAUCAGAAUUGAAAUCAAAGACAAGUGAUGUAAAUGAGGAGGAAUUUCUUAAAGAUUACUCUUCUGGGCCAUCAAGAAGAAAACGGGCAAAAAGUAUCAAGAAAACCUCAAGAUCGGUCAAAAUUCAAACCCAUCUUUCAGGAAAAGCAGUAGAUAGUUCAUCAAGUACCAGAGUUUCAUCAACAACAAGUCCAACGUCAAUGGAUCAAGGUGUGGAAAGAAUGGUUAUAUUAUAAUAUGCAAUUUUUUUUAAAUAAAACUAUUAAUUGCCAUAUAUGGUCUGAAGAAUUACCGGUAUGCAGAUAGAGGAGGGUGUUAUCAACCAAGGCUGAUUGAAUUUUAAGUUCCAGUCAUCAAUUGCCUGCCUUUUUCAAUUUUCUGCAGUCACCCUGUGUCAUGAGAGAAUAAUUUAAUUAGGUUGAUUGUGCUGUGCAUGAGUAGUUUUUUUGGACCUUGUGGUUGUCAAGUUGUAGCUCGAGUGUCAGAGUUGAAGAUGUACACGUAGGACUUUCUUCUUGUAGAAUUAUUCAGUUAAUUUUCCUGUUUCUCAGUUGUAAAAUCAAUACCCUGCACCUCUGUUGUCUUUUCAUUGGAUACCAAGAACAUAUUGCACAUUGGGUCAACGUUACAUGUAGCUGGUCAUAGAGAAUUUGCAGGGAGCUUUUAGGCAGUCAGAAGCUUAUACAGUACCAUGUUUCCUUUAAAGUCACCACAGUUCUAGGCAGAUUUUCUAACUUUUCUGUGCAGCUUUUGUGCAAGGUUUGUCUGAAUUUAGGGUUGGUGAUAAAACUUCUCAUUUGCUUAAAACAUGAUGGUACUAUGUGUUUAUUCUUUGUUUCUUUGUUGUUGUUUUUUUUUCAGAAGGACAGGACGGCAUAAAUGCAUUAAAAGUACAUAUGCUAGUUCUAUUAAAUAAAUGAUUUUUUUCUUCUCUCAGCAUCUAGUAUGAUGCCCCAGAUUGUGGAGAAAAUAUCAGAAGAUUCAGAAGUGGAUAUCGAGGUAGACAAUACUUUACCAACAGUAGUUUCUGCAGCACAAAGAAACACCCUUUUAACUUUCAGACAUCUCCUACCCCCAUACUGGCCCGUACCCCUUGAAGUUCCCACCUGGGUGAGUGUUGACAUCUUGUGGAACCCAGGGUACACAAAUUCUUGAAAAGUCCAUGAAUUUCGGAGGAAGUCCUAGAAAUGCUCUCGAAUUCAAGAAAUCCUGGAAAAGUCCUUGAAUUUUUCCUAAACUUGGAUGUCUCAAAAUAAAGUUGAGAUGUUAGGCACAAAUUUAUUUGAGUACAAUUCCUGUUUUCUAAAUAACUGUGUAUGCCAGUUAACCUUCUCCAAAUAUCACACAGAUUUUUGCCACAUAGAGCUAAUAUUUCAUGGCUUUGUGUUAAGUGUUGUUGGCUUUGAUAGUCUUUGUAGAACUCAAAUGUUUGUUAUCUUUAUCCAUCUAGAGCGUAGAUGACUCCAUAGUUCAAUCCUUUGAGAACACGUCCAACACCACAGAAGCUAAGAGAAAAGUUAGUAACAAAAAGGCAAGCCAGCAGCUUCUUCGAAAGGCAAGAAAACUUAAACGAAGACUUUGAAGAAAAAGGCAAUCAGACAUAAAGAAUGGUAUUGUUAUCAAACAAUAUUAUUGUUUCAAUUUCUGGACAAGACAAACUGUAUAUGGGGGAACCUUUCCCAUGAAUUUGUUCUUACAGCCAGGAUCAUUCCUCAAUCGUUAAGGUUUUUCUUUGAAAAUCAAAGCUGGCUGCUACACAAGAAACAUUGAGGAUUUGCUUCCCUACCUCCCCCCCCCCUCCCCCCAAUAAAAAACGGUAUGAAAGACCUUGGCAGUAGGUACCGCUAACGUGGAAUAAGAGUGCUGUAUUGGUAUUGAUUACUUUGUAUUUUUUGUCGUAAUUAGAAUGCUGUAAUUAUCAUGCUGAUCUUGUGAAGCACAAAUUAUGAGAGAUUGUGUGAAAAUUUCUCCAUUGUGUAAAGAAUAAAUAACAUUUAAACUGAUGGGAAAAAACUCUGUGUCUAUCAUUAUUUUAGUUUAACUAUUUUAUAUUAGCAUGUAUACUACUUGGAGAAUUUCAAGGCCUACAGAGCUUUCUGGAGGAAGUCCAGUUUCGAGUUUGCUAUGACCGCUGAAUUAAAGGAGUGACGACGCAUUUUUUACAGGCUUAGCCUCCACCUGAAGUAAAUAUAUUCACAAAUUCUAACAAGAGAAACACCUGUUUAUUUCUUUGUCUAUUGUAUACAUUCAAAUUUCAAACACUUACUUACUGGAAUUUCUAAAUAUUUUACCUUAUGUCGAGGCUAACCCUGUAUGAAUGUGUCAUUAAUGUUUGUAUUCAUUUGUAAUUUCUAAUUCGAAACUGGACUAUUUUGCAAUAAUCCUUUCUGCUGGGCCAAGCUCUUGGAAAGAUCAACCUUGAGGAAUAAUAUUGCACCAUUGCUACUUCCUUACCAGACAUCUCUCUCAAAUUUGUGCACAAAGGUGGGAAGGAGAAAAUGGGCGAGAUGGUCAUUCCCAUCUCUUUUUUUCUCCUUCCUUCCUGUGGUCCCUCACACUUACUCACAAGUUACUUGCAUUUCACACUUGCCUUUGUUUGCAACCAAACUGCAAAAAACAAAGAGGAGGCAGGUGCAAAUGAUUGGUAGUUGCAUCUCACCACCAUUUGAGGGAAGCGGGGCGGGGCUGCAAAAGCAGGGUAGUGGGUUGGGGGGGGGGGGGGUUUUUUGACCUUAGGGAAACAAAUUACUGUUGUCAAGACCAAAUUCAUACAUAGCGGCCACACCCAACUUCCCAGUAUGGCCAUUCACUGAAACCUGGGCACAGCCGCACCCCCGGGGGAAUGGCCGCCCGGGACCAGGUGGCGCCCCCGGGAGUUUUUGAGAGGCUGAAAACGUAAACUGGGAAGAAGGGCGUACAGGGUAACUAAGGUAACCAGGCGACACAGGUAACAAGGAAACAGAGGUAACAAGAUAUCAGAGCAAACAAAGAAUCAAGAGUAACAAAGUAGCAAGGUAACAGAAGUGACAAGGUAACAGAAGUGGCAAAUAACAGAACUAACAGAGGUGACAAAGUACAGAAGUAACAGAGUAUAAGGGGCAACUAAGUGACAGAAGUAACAAGGUAAUCGGACAGUCAAAGUUACAAAGGUAACUCAUCGGUAACAGGGGUAACAAAAAAGCAGAAGAAACAGAAUAUCAAAGGGGAAGAGAGUAAUGGGGUAACAGAAGUAACAAAAUUACGUAGGUUAUGGGUAGCCGAGACAACAAAGUAGCACAGGUAACGAGAUAACCAAGUAAUCAACGAAUACAAUCCUGCAAAGUGAACAAGUGCAAUCUCGAUCAUGGAGACAAGUAAGUGUGCAUGCAUUGUGUGCACAGACGUCCGGGACAUUUUGCGAGGGCUUACAUGAUGAACUAGCCCUCCAAAUAGUCUAGUGGUCUAUAAUCAAUGCUUCGUUCUGAUUGAUUUCAUUUUCUCUUCCAUUGUCUUAAAUACUCAAUCCCAAGGGAGAAAUUCUACAAUCAAAUCUAACAAAAUUUUGUCGACUUUAAUCAGCUAUCUUACACAGAAUUAAUAAUUAAAUUGAUGAAUUCACAGAAUUUUUCCAUAAAUUCACAUUUGUUGAAAUUUGUCUCAUUAUGUAAUGAUUUACGUAAUAAUUUCUUAUCAAAUCAUUUUGAUGACACUUGAUUGACUAUAGUAAUCAUUGCAUUGCAUUAUCAUUGUUAUGAUUUGUUUGUUUGUUUGUUUUUUUUAUGUUAAAGCUUUUGCAAUACUGUAACUACAUAAUUAUAGUCAUGCAAAUAAAGCUUAUGUUGUUGUUGUUGUUGAGAUGCUCUUUAUAGAUAAGCCUAGUGGUGCUAAGUACUUGUUUAAUUAAUGUACCACACACAUGUGGUAGCUAUUGGUUGGGAACAGCAAAACUGUUCAUAGUAAGUACAUAGAACAGGGAUCUACUGGCCAUGGAGUUGCUGGUGUGUACUUCCUUGCUGAAAAUGGUCUUGUCAACAGCACUGUUUCAAGGUUUACCCCCCUUUUAGUUGACCCUUUAAGCCCCAAUACACACAUACAAAUUCUCCACACUGAUCUCCAUACAUUUUCCUUAAGAAUGUGUUGAGAGAAUUUGAUAAAAGGUCAAGGCAUUUUCUCUUUAGUGAUCAUUUUAUUAAUUCUCAUAACCUUAUCUCUUAACAAUGUAUGGAUAUCGGUAGAAGAAAAUUGAUAGGCCCGUGAUAUUGGUCACUAUUGGGACGUAAAGGGUUAAGCCCCACCCAAUUCCCCCAAUAUUUAUUUUUGAAUCACUGAGAAGAUCAGAAUUAAUCGCCCUGUCACCCUCCCCUAAAUUCGAAGGUUAUUUGACCUCCCCACACUAACCUUUGCGAUGUUUAGUUAAGUUUCAAGGGCGUCAAAGAAGUCACGUGGUGAUCCGUAGUGAUACUUCCGGCGGCUGUUUCUUUCAUCACUUUGAAUCGAGUCUGCAUUCGAGGGACGAAAAAUGUUGAAGUGUUGUGGGUGCAAUCAUCAGUGACACGCACAGAAACAAAACAAAUCUGGCAAAUUGUGAACGUUUUUCUUCCGUUACUAUCAGACAGUGCUAAUCAAUGGGGCGCGAGCUUCAUUUCGACGGGACACGCACAUCUUCAGCAAACAAACGACAUCCAAGCGUGAACAAGGCGGCUACCCGUGGAUUCAUGAGAGACAUGCUAUGAAGUCACUCAGUGCAAAUCGAGUGUUUGUUUUUUUAUUUUUCGGGGCAUAUUGGAAUGUGUGUAAUACUGAAGACGAUGCUGUGAUACGCAGUGAACCUCUCCAAUAUUGCCCCUACUUUAAGAAUCGUGGUCCGUCAAGACAGGAAAAUCUCGGAAACUGCAGCUGGUAUAAAGAGAGUUCUUGCUGUUAUGACGAAGAAAUCGAAUUUGCGUUCCGCCAAUUAACUCCACUCAUAGGCGCGAGCGGUGACUGCUUAAAAUAUCUUAACUAUUUAUACUGUUACAUUUGCGCUCCAAAUCAGAACACGUUCUUCAAGGACUUCACACUCACUGUCUGCAGAGAGUUCUGUGAUCGCGUCUACGACUCCUGCAAAAACGCCGUGCUAAAGGGACGGAAAAUCAAGUACAUCUACAAGAAUGGUGAGCAGUUUUGUAAAGGGCGUCGCUUUGAGACGGAUAUGGAAGCAAACGGGAAGUGCUUUACUUUCAAGCCAAGGCCAACAGUGAAAAGUGGAUCGCAAAGAACUGACUUUUGCAUGGGGUUUGUCGUGUUUGCGCUUUUCGGUAAGCGCUGUGUUUUGUUUUGA